UGGACGAAGUUAAGGAUGUGAACUACAUAAGCGUUUGUGUUGAUGUUUCGAACCAUAAAAACACUAAACUUUUGUCAAUCAUGAUCAGAUACUUUAAAUACGACUCACCAGAAAUUGUGAAAAACAAAUUACUAGACUUUAUCGAGUUGCCGAAGGGAAACUGCAGAAAGUAUUUCAGAAAGUGUGAUGGGAGUGCUUAAAAAACACAGACUGCAAAACAAAGUUGUUGCCCUUUCUGCGGACAAUAAAAACACAAAUUUCAGCGCACUUUUGAAAAGAGGCAAAGAAAAUGUAUUCACAAAAAAUGAAGCCUCACUUGCAGAGAGAAAUUAUUGGAGUGGGCUGCAAUGCCCAUAAGUCACAAUUGUGCACAAUCUGCCUUAGACAACACUGCCCAUAGAGACGCUGAAGGUCUGGUCCAGAAAACGUUCAGGUAUUUCCACAUUUACUCCGGACGUGUGGAGAGACUGAAGGAGUUUUGUGAUUUGGUUAACGAAGAGACAUUUCGGGAUACUCAAACGUGCGUUGGUUGUCUUUAAUGCCAGCACUGCAGAGGAUUACCGCAGAUUUUCCAAUCAUUAAAAUCAUUCUUUCUGUCAGAGAACCAAUGUCCACGAUUGUUCGAGAACCCAUCAGCAGAAAUGUGGCUCUUGUUCGCGCACUGUCCAAUGAGCCUGUUUCAUGACACCAUGCUUCAUGUUCCACAAAAGCGCAAUUGAGGCAUGCGCUGUUUUGAAAGAUUUGACCCAAAAGCUGACAGCCAGGAAAGAAGAGAAAUGUAUUCCUAUGCGGGUUCGAGGUCCCCUUCGUAGACUUGAAGAUGAUGGCCACAUUACAAGGGAAGUGCAUUUUAGGACAUCAGAUACGUUCUUUGGCAUAGCAAUUGACGACAUUAAUGCAUAAGGCAAACACUUGGAUAACCUUCCCGAGUUAAAUUGCCUACUGCUGAGAACAAUUCCUGGAAGAAAUGACUUUGAGAGGGCAGUGGAAACACUGCAAACCAAAUGCCCAAUCCUCAACGUAAAUACUGACUUGAUGUUUGAUGAAUUUACGUACGUAGAAGACUACCUGGCCACGAAGUUCAGUGACUGGACAAACCAGGACAUAACAACGUUGCAGAAAUAUUCCAACACUUAAAAGAACAAGUUUUGCCACAUAGCAUCAUGGAAAAUGUAAUUCAACUUGCAUUUUGUUUGCCAUCCAACAAUGCGGCAGUGGAAUGAACUUUCAGUCACAUGGAAAUUUUCUGGACGCCAGAGAAAUCGUAAGUGAAAGUGCUUGCGGAAGGACAGUCCAAUGAGGAUGAGGAUGAGCCCGUACUGCGUGGGAAGUUUUGGACGCAUCACGGUGUCAAUUUCGACAUUUUUGAAGAUGCCAGGAAAAAAAAACACAUGACGCAUCACAAACAUUAGCACUGCUGCUGAGAAUCCUGUGGCAAACGAGAGGACAGACAAGCUGACUCUGCAAUUUCAUGAACUGCAACUUGAACGACAAGGUCUGAAUCAGUGUAAGCCACCCUAGUUCAGGGGCUUGAUAAGAAAGCACAGUCCCGGAGGAAGCACCACCAGGCAAUAUUCACAUGAGGCUCCUAAAGAAAUGGUUCUUUCCACUCAUCCUGGUCCUGACUGGUUCCUUCCUUCUCCAGAUCUUCAGCCGAGUCCACGUCAUGCUACGGGAUCCAAUAUCCCUCGACAUCUACAACAUCGCCUACCCGAGACCCUACAAUUACAUCCUCAAUGAGCCCCAAAAAUGCAGCGGCAAGCCUCCCUUUCUGGUCUUGAUGAUACCGGUGGCUCCGGAAAACCGGAAAGUCAGAGAUGUCAUUCGAGAAACCUGGGGAGACGAAAACUCGAUGCCAACGGUGACGAUCCGACGGAUCUUUUACUUGGGGCUUCCGUCUCAAAACAGAAGGGGCGGUCUGCAGGAAGAGCUUGAGAGGGAGAGCCGGCGGCACCAUGAUCUGGUCCAGAAGGACUUUCAGGACACCUACCUCAACCUAACCAUCAAGACCAUGAUGAUGAUGGACUGGCUGGCCUCCUACUGUCCUAAAGCGUCCUAUGCCAUGAAGAUUGACACUGAUAUGUUCCUCAAUGUGGACACUCUGGUGAACAAACUCCUGCAGCCCCAAGCCCCUCAUGCCAAAGUCAACUUCAUUACUGGCAAUGUUCUCCACUUUGGAAUAAUUCGCCGAGACCAAGACUCCAAAUGGUACAUGCCGUUCAAACUCGUCCCCGGAUUGUUCUAUCCGACGUACGUCUCUGGGAUUGGCUACGUAUUUUCUGUUGACCUGGCCCAAAAGAUUUUAUCUGCCUCAUUGUCUGUGGUGCCCGUCUAUUUGGAAGAUGUCUACGUAGGCAUGUGCCUUCAGGAGCUGGGCAUCCAACCAACGCAACCCGCAGACAGCAAUUGGUUCAGCCUUUACCCGGUGGCGUAUAGCAGGUGCCGAUUCUCUCGACUCAUCAGCGUCUCGCAUCUAGAGCCCGACCAGCUGCUGUAUAUUUGGAAAGAUCUGGAAAAAGCCAAGGACCACUGUUGAAGUAGGAGACCCCCAUUCAUUGGCACUGUUGAUGAUGUGUCUCUGUCUCAUUCAGGGACCACCAAGAGGUUAAAAAAAUGCCUCCCAAUGUGGACCCUCUCCCCAGUAAUGGUGUUCCAGUAUCUUUGCACCAAGUGAUACGAACUGGAGGGGCACAUCUGUAAAAUGAGAGUGGCCUCGCUUUGCUUCUAAGCCCACCACAUUUUAGCCUCAGGGUCCUCCUUCUAUUUCUACGCAAACAUUUGCACACGUGCCCCUAAGUGCACUUAAUUAAGGGAGUGGGCUGCAGUUCUGCAUGGCAUGGAAGAAAGUUUCCUCACAGCUUGCGUUCAAAUCCCAGGGUGGGCACCACCUCCCCGGAGUUUGCAUUUUUCUCAGGCGCCUUUAUGAUUUUCCUUUUAGGGGCUCCCAUUUCCCACUCACAUCCAAGAGACAUGAAGGAGUAUAUUGGCAUUUGGCCCAGAACAAGUCCCAGCAUUAUGGGACAGACAUCGGUCCUUUGGCAUUGUGGACUGAAGGAAUGAGUCACAAUACGGAGGGGGGCAAUUCGGCUUAAGUCUUCAUUGCACCCUUACUGUUGGGUUCCAGCUGGGUCUGGGAUGACUGGGAGCGGCGUACAACUUUAGGUGGCUUUAAUUUGGGGUCUACACCCACAAUAAUUACCUGCAAUAAUAAGCAAAUUGAAACAUGGCUUGGACUUGUACUGACUGCCACCUAUAGGGCAGUUGUGGAAUGACAGGUAAUUCAUUGUUGGCGCUUCUCCCUCUUUAAGUGAUUCAUUAACCUUUGAGGCAGGGCCGGAUUAAGACCCUUAGAUGCCCUAAGCACUAAGUAACUUUGGUGCCC